AAGCGCUACAUUCACCUGGAGUGCUGUUUGAUUCGCUCGGAAGGAUGUACGGACCAUCUGGCGUGCCUGAAGGCAUUAUAGAGCUGACAAACAGUGCUCUAUCUAUAAUAAAUGUGGAACCCUAUAUCAAGACAGUCGAAGACAUAACACCGUCUUUUGUUCUCGAUCUUGCAGUUGUUCUGUUUGGCAGUGAUAUUCUACCUUACCCUGACAUCGUGGAGCCUUACCAGGUUGAAAACUUCGACGCCAUUUUAUCAAAAUUAUCACACGAAAUUGGAGAGGACCUUGAUCAUAUCAAACCAGAAGAGCUAAUGGUUGGAGAACCCCAAGCAUUGUAUGACUACCUUAUCCUUCUUGCUGCAUUUAUUUCAUACUGUCAUGAGAGGGGCUUACUAAAGUUCCCGAUUUCCAGCUUUGAGUCUCACUCUUUUGAUUCUAUUGCCCUUUCACCUAACGACCCUAAAUUGAAUUCACAACCAAAAGAAUAUCUUGAAUUCAAAUUGUCUAUUACUCCGGAACUACCUCGUCACAGUGUCACUUAUUGUGCGCCUACCACCUUGUCAUCUUCAUCUUUUCACCAAUCUAACAGAUGUAUAGAACAGAGUACACCGUUGAAACGAACUCCAGCAUCUUUUCAGGUGAAAAAUUCUUCUUUUUAUCCCGGUGAUAAUAACAAUCAUGUUGAUGAUGAUCAUCUUACUUCUUUGCUACACAAAUCUAAUCUCUUUCCAAGAAUACAAUCAGACAACAAUAUAAUGAAAACGAAUUAUCAUCCUUCAAUGAUUCAAUCGUGUCAUCCUAGUCGAUUAGAAAUGCACAUCGAUUCAUCUCCACCGGCUACACCGAAUGCAAUGAAUGCUUAUUUAGAAAUUGCUCCUUCAAAUUCGCCUGAUGCAGUUGCUCCUAGUCUAAAGAAUUCUCCAAAUAUUCAACAACAAAUUAUUCCUAAUUGUCAGGUGGCGAAUAAAUUCGAAGCUGUCAGAGAGUCUACCUCGCCUUUAAUUUAUUCAUCAAAGAAGGAGAUUUUUGGUAGCAAAGAGUCUGUUGUAUCAAUGGAUUCUGUAUCUAUGAAUGCACUUAUGACUUCACCAUACCUUCAAUCAUCAUCACCACGUCAACAUGGAAUUCGCCUUUCUCCACCUUCAUCAAACAAAAAACGUACAAAUUACAAUAUUACUAAUAAGAAUAUUAAUAGUAGUAUUACUAAUAAUAACAGAAAUACUCCAUUUACAGAUAAAUUAAGGCAUAAACAACAACCACCAUCAUCAGUGAGUGAUAAACAUGACAGCACAAGUAGUGGACGUGGUUACAGUCUGACAGGUGGUACACAAACUGUCCCGUGUCAAUCGAACCAAGCUUCAAUUCGAUCAAGUCUACUGGAAUUACACACCUAUCCAGAUUCACCGAAUACAUGUGCAGUGGUUACUGAUUCUCCGAAGCAUCAUCAUCAUCAUCAACCUAGAAAGCCUUACUCUAAGGAUAACAUAAUGAAUGGAAGCAACAGUAGUACUAGUUGUGAUUCUAUCGGAACAAGUAGUAUACUUGCAUGGGAUGAGGAUGGUGCUGAAGAUCAUGAACGCCGUCGCCGUCAUUCAAAGAAGAGAAAAGGUGAUAGACGACAACGCCAACUUGAUGGAUCACUGGAUGAACUAACGUCUAUAUUGUCAGCUAGUUUAUCAAUGGAUGAUGACAAUGACGAUGGUGCGGAUGCUGAUAACAAGACUCCAGCGACAUCUCGAUUACCGUCAGAUGGUACGAAUGGUGAUUGGCCGCCGACAACAUCUGAGUUAAUCACAGAAACGAAUAUAUUUGCACAUGCACUUGAAAAACGAUUGGAAUACUUGAAAUCUGUCUAUGUUCGUGCACACUCUGAAGCUGAAGCAUUAGCUAGUCUUGCUCAAUUGAUUACAUCGAAAAGUUUAACUACUAUUCAUCGAAUGAAUGAAGUUAAAGUGGACUGUCACAUCUGUAAUGGCAACAACGCCAAUACCAACAAUCAAAAGACCACUACUGAAUUACAGAAAAGUCAGCUAAAUAGUAUCUAUGAAAGACAUUUACAUUUAGAAUCUUUAUUAGUUCAAGCAAUUGAUCGGAUAGAUAUGCUGUUGAAGUCCACUUCUCCUGCUGCUUCCGCUCCCUCUCCUACUCCAUCGAAUGAAACUAAUUUAAAUCCUUCUUCUUUGAAUGGUCAGCUGAAAUCUAUAAAUUAUCCUAACCCGAAGUUACUAUCAUUAUCGUCAUCCACUAAUAAUAAACUGUUACGGUGGGAUAAUAGAAGCACUGCUUUGAAGAAUACUGAUUCAUCAUUAUAUGAGUACAAUUCAUGUUCAAAAGAAACAAAACAUCAUUUAUUAUCUGAUAAUUUAGAUUUAACUGAAUUAAUGAAUCUUAAACAUGAAUAUAUGAUGAGAGCCUUCAAUUUAUGCCUAGAUGAAUUGCAUACACGUGCUGAGCCGUAAUUAUCCGCGUCUUCCCUCCCCCUCUCUCUCUAUCUGUCUCUCCAUCUCUCGUUGUUAGAACAGAAGAAUUGAAAGUCUUCCUUACAAAUUCCUCAUUGUUCCAGUAUUAUUAUUAUUAUUAUUAUUACUGAAUCUUCUAUUUAGUUUGUACAUGUGCUUUUCCCUGUGUGUGCGUGUGCGUGUGUUUUUGUCUUUCGUGAAUUUGUGUUCAAUUUGACUUUUUUUAUAUAUACAUAUACAUAUAUUUGCGUUUUCUAUGAAAAAAAGUAAACAGAGCCAACGAGUACAAGCUUAUUUUCUUUUGUACUCACUCUCCUUCCUUACCUCCCUACCUCCCUUUUCUACAUAACCCUUUUCAUGAUGAUGAUGAUAUUUGUUGAUUAUGCAUUUUUGCCUAUUGUUCGUUCCCCUCCUACUCCUCCUCCUCCUCCGUCGUCUUCGUCGCCGUUGCCGCCACAGCUGCCGUCACUGUCGCUUACUCUCUUUGUUUUCUAUCAUGUGGGACGCCUUAAGAAAAUAUUUUUCCUUAUUAUCAUUAUUAUCAGUAGUACUAUUAGUAGUAUUAACCAUUUUUGACAGGAUAAUGUUAUGUAAUGUUGAUCUCAAUGGUGUCAAUAUUAUUUAGAUUUCAAGUACAUACAUGCACACAUAUAUAUCUAUAUGUAUAGGGCA